AUUUUUUAAAAAGUUGGUUAAGAUCAAAAUAAUAGAAGAGAUUACUUCCUUGCAUUAAUUGAAAACAAAACUACAAUGAAACUUGGUCAGGAUGUGUUAAUUAUGUGAAGACACGAGAAACAAUAGCAAUGUUCUACAACUUAAAGUACACACCCAAGGUGUUGGUUUGGCUGAUUCUAUUGACUUGGGAUCUCGGCGUUCAAGGUAUCACCAAAGGUGUCUGUACGCUGGAAAAGCAGCCCUUCACCAUGGAAGAAUACAAAGCUGAGUUUAAGCGUCUCCUAGAAGGUGUGAACCAAACCAACGUCCCUAAACCCGACCCAAACAACAAACUUGAACAAAGUUCCUUGUGUGGUCAGACUCUAGUUGACCAGUCGCAGGCCAUUGUUACGGGCGAGGAAGCUUCAGAGAACGCUUGGCCGUGGUACGUCUUUCUCCUGGUAAAUGAUGCUGGUGAAACUGCGACGUGUGGGGGUUCACUUCUCACGGAGUGGUGGAUCCUGACAGCCGGGCACUGUAUGAUGACAUGGAACUCUACUAUCCUGGUUUAUUUUGGAUUAACUAACAUAACACAGUUGGACACGACAAAACAUAUAAAAGUUGAGAAACGUUUUACACAAUUUUAUUUUAAAGAUGGAGUUGCUUACAAUGACAUCAUGCUUCUCAAACUUGAAUCUCCUAUAGCCUUCUCUGACACCAUCAGGUCGGUCUGUUUACCCGAAGAGGACAUGAGCAAGUCCAAAACUUGUUUUAGUAUUGGAUUUGGAGUUACCGAUUUUCGGGGAGAACUGCCUAAAAAAUUGAUGCAAAUAAAAACCAACCCCAUGGAUCACAAACUUUGCAGGUUUAUCCUUCGUUAUUUUUUUCAGUACAACCAUACAGAAUAUUUGAUUUGUGCAGAUGAAGAGAAAGGUCAAGGGACAUGUUUUGGUGAUUCAGGGGGCCCAAUGAUUUGUAUGGCAAAUGGAAAAUAUUAUAUCGUCGGCGUAUCGUCUACCACUUAUGAUUGUGCGCAGAGUGAGUUUCCUUCUGGCUUGGUUUCAGUGUAUGCCUGGAUAGAGUGGAUUAAAACAACAAUCACAUCCAAUUCGUAA